UUAUUAUUGCGCUUGCAGGGGAGAUCGGCGAUUGCAGAUUUCAGUGGUUGCCAAAAAAUAGCCUGCUUUGGGGAACAAGUUGAAAAGUUGGUGGGAGUGUCUGCAGAAGAGCUGGGAAAAAUGUACGAGGCAUCCAGCCCUAGUAACUAUGACUUCGAAGAAGCCCUGUGGGAUGCCACCUUCAAGAGGUUUAUCUUCAGGCUGCGCGUGGCAAAGAAAGCCUACAAUAACGAAAUCAUUCUGAAGACAACAGUGGUCGACGUGGCUCCCAUAUCCUACAACAUACAGGCCAGACGUCUACUCCGGAGAAUCAAAGAGGUAUCAGCAAGGAUUGCUGCCGCAACUCACUGACCCCACCAAGCAUAUCGGUGUCUGCGAAAGCAGGGUUCGGUUCUAUAUCCAAAGUUCGCCUGAACUACGGCCGCUGGAUUAAAAAAGCGUAGCGGCCAUGCCUGAACAUAUCUAAUCACUCGGGCCGCGUGUCUGCGAUAAUUUUGACAAUUUUAGUUUAAUGAGUGGAGGCUUCAAACUUGGUUUUACGUUCAUUUUUUUUUUUGUACUCAAACGUGUUGUUGUGUUGCUGUACGAGUAUAAUGCCAGUUGUUUUUUUUUUUUAUAUGAGCACUACAACCUCAGCUCCAGUGAUCAAGGUGUGAAUUACCUUUGGAUUGUCUGCCUGUGGUAAUCUAUAUCCUGAAAACCUGUAUUUUCUCACAAAUUCUUGCGUCACGCCUUGCUGCAUCUGGCCUGGCAUCGUUGCUUGGCGUAUCGCACUGUAUUCUGUUUCUUAAUUACUUCACUAGGGCAGUAAAGUAAUCUUCGUGUGUUUGAUCGGCUUUUUCAUUUCCUGGUUGUGUGUUUUUUUUUCUUUCUAAUUUUCAGAUUUAUCUGGUGUCAAGCCUCUUAGCUCUUAUUCUUAUAGUUCUUGCCUGCCUAACUUCCAUUACUGUAACGUUGCCCGUAGAUGUUGCUGGUACACGCCCAACCUCAUUUGUACCUAAAUCUAAUACACCUCUCGUUUUUCGAUAU